AUGCCGGCCUCGUAUCGGCCCACGGCGCUGGGCUUGAGCAGCACGGACAGCGCACACGACGCACACCGCAAGAGCUCCGCUGUGCUGGAGCUGCCGUCGAUCUCGCAGGUCCACUUCCGAGGCUCCGUCGACUCAUCGUGGUACACCAACCAAUUCGCGCCACGACCGACUGUAUCGAGUGAGCGCCUACCAGCCUUACCCCAGAUACAGGCGGGCACUGCGUCGUCGACCUCAUCCUCGCCUCGGGGUGGAUCCAUCAGCUCGGCAUCGGCUCUCAACAGCAGCGCAAGCUCUCAUACGUCGUACUCGUCCUCGGUGAACGGGAGCCAUUCCGGCUUCAAGACUCCGUCCCCGGAGCAGGCGCCUCAAUCACUCGGGCGCGAUACUCAUCCGUUGAAUGGGCAGUCGCAAGAAUCUCCUUUCGGCCAACAGCAGAGUUCCUCGAGUUACGGUUACGCAGGCGAUUCUUACGGCAGCAUGAACCAAAUGCAGUCCUAUCCCGAUGUCCACCAGCCGCACAUGCCCGCUCCUGGCCAUGCGCCGUCAUCAGGGCCGCCGUCCACGUUGGGCCAUUACUCGGGGUACCAGCACCCGCCCUACCUGCAACAUGGCCCGAGCAGUUCCAUGGUUCAGAGUUCCUUCUACCAGAGUUCUUACGGAAACGGGGUCCCUCCCACCCCAUCAUCGACAACCAUGACCAGUGCGCUAGUCCCGCAAUCGUUGCCGUUACCUGCAAUGACAGCCGGUGGCCCGGGAGCUCCCGCGGUUCCAGGAUCGCAGGGCUACCCUCCCACCCAUCAGUUCGACACGUCGGGUCAAAUCGCACCUCCUGGAAUGAAACCGAGAGUGACUGCGACCUUGUGGGAAGACGAAGGGAGCUUGUGCUUCCAGGUCGAGGCCAAGGGCGUGUGCGUCGCUCGUCGCGAGGAUAACCACAUGAUUAACGGCACGAAAUUGCUCAACGUUGCGGGCAUGACGAGAGGACGACGUGACGGCAUUCUAAAAAGCGAGAAGACCAGGCAUGUCGUGAAGAUUGGACCAAUGCAUCUCAAGGGCGUUUGGAUUCCGUUCGAGCGCGCGCUCGAUUUUGCAAACAAGGAGAAGAUUACUGAGCAAUUGUACCCGUUGUUUGUGCAUGACAUCGGCGCGUUGUUGUAUCAUCCCACAAACCAGCGAAACUCGGUAGGCGCUGGCAACGCGAUGGCGGCAGCAAUGGACCGCCGGCGCCCUGACAGCCAACAACAGCGUUACAUUGGCGCUCCCCAGAGUUCACAGCCGACGUCCUUGCACCACCAUUCCAUGAGCAAUCCUUCGAUGCCUUCGCAGAUUCAGUCCUCACCGCACACAAUCGCUCCUCAUCCUUCAGCCGGCCGCCCUUCGAUUGACAGGGCUCACACUUUCCCAACCCCACCGACGAGCGCGUCGAGCAUCAUUGGUAUGGGUAGUUCUGGCAGCUCUUACGAAUGGGGCAACCCUGGCGUUUCGAGCAUGCAGGGGAACCAACCUUUGUCGAUAGACACUAGCCUGAGCAACGCCCGGUCUGUACCAACGACGCCGGCAACGACUCCUCCGGGAACAAUGCAGAGCAUGCAGCAGUACCCGACCACUCAGGCCUAUGACGGAACGAGGCAGAUGUACAGUGCUGCGCCCAGCCAACCCGGACAGUACAGCGCGCAGCAGACCAUGGCCCGCUACGGCCAGCCCGUCCAACCCAACCCCUAUGCCAAGAGUGAGAUGGCACCACCGGCGAGAACUGGAGGUGAGCCCGUGCAGCAGACGGACAGCAAACCGACUGAUGCCAUGUUGAGUCAAUCGACAGAGCCAGUCGGCCAAGUGAUUGGCGAAGUGGAGGAAGCUGAUCAUGAGCACGACAAUGAGUACACUCACACCAGCGGCCCAUACAGCAACCGAAACACGUAUGGCUACGCAACCUCAUCGGCGCCUGGAACACUGUCAGGAGAGCAUGCGUCUCCGGAUAUGACCGGCUCCCCUCACCACAACGGUUCUGGACGGGCGACUCCCCGCACUACGACCACUUCCCAAACGCAAUGGAGUCGCGGUUAUGGCACUCCAGGCAAAACACUGCCUUCCAGUAACUUGUACAGCGUCAUCAGCGACACUCGCAGCACCGCCAACGGCAGUGGACCGGACGGCUACGGCGCCCCCAGCCUCCAAACGGGCUAUCCGAGCCAAUAUGCCCCCAACGGCGCGUUGCCCUCUGCCAAGCGCAUCCGGGAUCUGGAUGACGACGAGAACGACUACGGUCGUCCCGCCAGCCGCGACGCCAACGGCAACGAGGUCGAAGGUCUCAAGCGGAGGAAGACCAUAACCGAGAACACCAUCGGCGGUGCGGUAGGAGGUCUCGGCGGUGUUGGUGGCGACCUGAAAAGGACCAACACCACAAUCGCUCAGCGCCGGCGAUAG